AAAAAACAAAACCAAAAACUGAUUAUUUCGAAAAGUAAAAUUAAGAAAUAAAAUGAUACAAAUAGAUAAAACAUUUAUAAUAUCACCAAGAAGAAUUAAUGUCAAAGCUAAUGAAAACGAGAACCCCACUAAUUCGUGUCUCCCUAUUGUGAGCUCCUCCAUUAGUCUCGGUGCUUUUUCUCUUUUUUUAUUUUUUUAAUUUUGUGAAGACGUGUGCACUUAAUCAAGCAUGCCACGGCCAAGAAAGUGGUAUCCAGCUGGAUAUACCCUCUUUGUGCGUAAACUCGGGCAGGUUCGUAAACGUAAGGAACGAUUUUUCGCGGUGGAUGUGAGGAAAUUGGAAAGUGAACUCUUCAACAGGGGCAAAAUGGACGUGUACGCACCCAACAACAGGAGGAACGUGACACCUUCCAGGAUAUUCUUCGAGAUAGCAACAAGGGAACCAGUUUUCAAAAGAACCACGGCUUUUAAUGUGUUCUGCAGCAAAAGGCUGAAGGAUUGGACAAAUACUAAUUCUCUGGAAGUUGCAUUAAAGGAAUUGCCAAAGGCCAAAAGAACACGAGUCACAUGGGAUGCAAUUACAGUUAAAGCAUAAGAAAACAGCUUGGGGCCUCUUGGGGCCGUUGAUCACAUACCCAGUUCAAUAGAAAUUGAAUAAAUUUGCCAGAACAAUCCAGUUUUGGCUAAAUUUGAUAUUAAUUCUUUAAUAUGAAUCAAAUUGACCAGAAAAUUUAUAAAAGUAGAAUGAAAAGAAAAUAACAUUUAUUAUUUGUGGUUUACAUUUGUGCAUAGCUUAGGAUGCACUUUAAAUUUAGUCAGAUAAGACAUUAUGAAUCAUCUUGCAUAUUGUGACUUCUGGGUAUACAUACAAAUAUUGGCGCUUCAGUAACUGCAUUGGCUUUGGAGCAGAGUAGUGCUGAAUGAUUUUCCAUUGCAGUCCUAACAGCAGAUUGUAAAAUGUGAUUCAUAUUCAUCAAGUCAAUACUGUCAUGUAUAUAUGGGAGUAAGUGUGCUGUUUUCUCUUUUCGUUUGUUUUAAAUUUGUAUUAAUAUAUUUCGCUCAUUGUAAAAUUUCUUCUUCAAUGUGGACAUAAAAACAUUUCAUGGGAUUAAAAAGUGUAUGUCAGUUUUCAGAAGAAA